CUGGCCCCCGAGAGGACACUCUCCAAGUCCCCAGCUGGGGGCCCCGCGUAGACCUGGAGCGGACACCCCCACCUCCCCUUCAUGAUUCGUUUGUAGCACAGUGGCGAUGGAUGAUGAGGAUGGGAGAUGCUUACUAGACGUGAUUUGUGACCCUCAGGCCCUCAACGACUUCUUGCACGGGUCGGAGAAGCUGGACAGUGAUGACCUCCUGGAUGCCCCCGGAGAGGCCCAAAGUGCCUUCUAUGAAGGUCCUGGGCUCCACGUGCAAGAAGCUUCCGGCAACCACCUGAACCCUGAGCCCAGCCAGCCAGCCCCCAGCGUGGACCUGGACUUCCUGGAAGAUGACAUCCUGGGCUCACCCGCCACGGCGGGUGGCGGCGGAGCGGGCGGGGGCACCGACCAGCCCUGCGACAUCCUUCAGCAGAGCCUGCAAGAGGCCAACAUCACGGAGCAGACACUUGAGGCCGAGGCCGAGCUGGACCUGGGCCCCUUCCAGCUACCCGCACUGCAGCCCGCCGAUGGCGGGGCGGGCCCCACAGGUGCUGCGGGGGCAGCCGCUGUGGCCACGGGACCCCAGGCCCUCUUCCCAGGCAGCGCUGACCUGCUGGGGCUGCAGGCGCCACCCACCGUGCUGACCCACCAGGCCCUGGUGCCGCCCCAGGACGUGGUCAACAAGGCUCUGAGCGUGCAGCCCUUCCUGCAGCCCGUGGGCCUGGGCAACGUGACGCUGCAGCCCAUCCCCGGCCUCCAGGGCCUGCCCAACGGCAGCCCUGGGGGCGCCGCAGCUGCCACUCUCGGCCUGGCACCCAUCCAAGUAGUGGGCCAGCCUGUCAUGGCACUCAACCCACCCACCUCGCAACUCCUGGCCAAGCAGGUGCCUGUGAGCGGCUACCUGGCCUCAGCAGCCGGCCCUUCAGAGCCAGUGACCCUGGCAUCGGCUGGCGUGUCCCCCCAGGGGGCCGGCCUGGUCAUCCAGAAGAGCCUUCCAGCCGCUGUGGCCACCACACUCAACGGGAACUCGGUGUUUGCAGGGGCAGGGGCUGCCACUGUGGCAGCCAGCGGGGCACCCUCGGGACAGCCGCUGGCGGUAGCCCCAGGCCUGGGCACGUCGCCACUGGUGCCAGCCCCCAACGUGAUACUGCACCGCACACCCACGCCCAUCCAGCCCAAGCCCACCGGCGUGUUGCCUCCCAAGCUCUACCAGCUGACACCCAAGCCCUUCGCCCCCACAGGUGCCACACUCACCAUCCAGGGUGAGCCGGGGGCGCUCCCGCAGCAGCCCAAGGCCCCGCAGAACCUGACUUUCAUGGCGGCGGCGGGCAAGGCUGGCCAGAACGUGGUGCUCUCGGGCUUCCCGGCCCCCGCCCUCCAGGCCAACGUCUUCAAGCAGCCCCCGGUCACCACUGCGGGCACAGCGCCGCCUCAGACCCCUGGGGCCCUGAGCAAGCCCAUGAGCGUCCACCUGCUGAACCAGGGCAGCAGCAUCGUCAUCCCUGCGCAGCACGUCCUGCCGGGCCAGAACCAGUUCCUGCUGCCCGGUGCACCUGCCGCCGUGCCGCUGCCCCAGCCCCUCUCCGCCCUGCCGGCCAACGUGGGCGGCCAGAUCCUCACGGCCACAGCCCCCCACCCGGGCGGACAGCUCAUCGCCAACCCCAUCCUCACCAACCAGAACCUGGCAGGCCCACUGAGCCUGGGCCCAGUCCUCGCCCCCCACUCCGGGGCCCACAGCGCUGCACACAUCCUCUCGGCCGCGCCCAUCCAGGUGGGGCAGCCAGCGCUCUUCCAGAUGCCUGUGUCGCUGGCCGCCGGCAGCCUGCCCACACAGAGCCAGCCGGCCCCUACUGGCCCCGCUGCCACCACCGUCCUUCAGGGGGUCACCCUGCCCCCCAGUGCCGUGGCCAUGCUCAACACCCCCGAUGGGCUGGUGCAGCCGGCCACCCCCGCCGCAGCCACCGGGGAGGCCACGCCCAUCCUCGCAGUGCAGCCUGCUCCCCCGGUACCCCCUGCGGUCAGCACGCCACUGCCCCUGGGCCUCCAGCAGCCGCCACCACAGGCCCCACAGGUCCCUGCCCCGCAGGCUGCGGCCCCGCCUCAGGCCACCACCCCGCAGCCCAGCCCGGUCCUGGCAUCCAGCCCAGAGAAGAUCAUCCUGGGGCAGCCGCCCACCGCCGCCACCACGGCCAUCCUCACUCAGGACUCCCUGCAGAUGUUCCUGCCCCAGGAGAGGAGCCAGCCACCCCUCUCCACAGAGGGCCCCCACCUGUCCGUGCCUGCCUCGGUCAUAGUCAGCGCCCCGCCUCCCGCCCAAGACCCAGCCCUGGCUACCCCCAUCGCCAAAGGAGCUGGCCCUGGCCCUCAGGCCCCCGACAGCCAGGCUUCCCCGGCUCCGGCCCCCCAGAUGGUGACCACCCCCUUCCCAGCGCUGCCCCAGCCGAAGGCUCUGCUCGAGAGAUUCCACCAGGUGCCAUCCGGAAUCAUCCUCCAGAACAAGGCCCCGGGAGCCCCGCAGACCUCCGCCAGCCUGGGGCCCCUGGCCAACCCCACUGCCUCAGUGCUGGUCAGCGGGCCAGCCCCAUCCGGGACGCCCGCCGGCUCCAGCCACCCCGCAGCCCCGGCACCCAUGGCCACUGCAGGCCUCCCAGCCCUGCUUCCCGCCGAGGGCAAAGCUUUUCCCAGCAGCCUCCCGACCUUGAGCGUGGCCAAGGCCUCGGCGUCUGGGCCAGUGAAGUCCUCCGGGUUGCAGUACGAGGGCAAGCUGAGCGGCCUGAAGAAAGCCCCGACACUGCAGCCCAGCAAGGAGGCCUGCUUCCUGGAGCAUUUGCACAAACACCAGGGCUCAGUGCUCCACCCGGACUACAAGACAGCCUUCCCCUCCUUCGAGGACGCCCUGCACCGCCUCCUGCCCUACCACGUCUACCAAGGCGCCCUUCCCUCCCCCAGCGACUACCACAGAGUGGAUGAGGAGUUUGAGACAGUCUCCACGCAGCUGCUGAAACGCACCCACGCCAUGCUCAAUAAGUACCGGCUGUUGCUCCUGGAGGAGUCCCGGAGGGUGAGCCCCUCAGCGGAAAUGGUGAUGAUCGACCGAAUGUUCAUUCAGGAGGAGAAGACCACCCUUGCCUUGGAUAAGCAGCUGGCCAAGGAGAAGCCCGACGAGUACGUGUCUUCCUCACGCUCCCUCGGCCUCCCCGCGACGGUGGCCUCUUCCGAGGGCACCCGGCCACCCGGCCAUGGCCACGGCCACAGCCACGGCCCUGGCCCCGCGCCGCCCGCAGCCUCCGGCGU